CAUCGCCUGCUGCUGCCGACAUCUUCCUAUUACCACUCCAAGAUCCCGUCCCAUAUUUAAGAGCGGCCCACAGAUCGAUAAUGCGACUUGAUUGAUGUUUGAAAGGAGUGACAUUGCCUAGUUUGGAGCGUCCGGUUCGCUUCAGCAGCACAUUCGUCUUGAUAAAAGGAGCCUCAGCCUCCUGCUGGGCUUCACUUAGCGACUGACCGUCGGUAAGAUCCAUCAUUUUCUCUUCUGGUGGCUGUCAGCGUUGGCGGAUCUGUGUUUGACCUGCAGCACUGAAGAAUAUCUGACCCGACUCUACAAGGGACUGUUGACCCGGUAUGUAAGAAACAACAGAAGACAUUAUUUAGUUGGAAAUAUUUCAAGGAUUAAUGGGACCUGAGUUUGUCUUCUUUCUUUCUUUUUUUAUCCUGAGGUAUCAACAUGAGCAGCGAUGCCGAGAUGGCCCAGUACGGGCCGGCGGCCAUCUUUCUCCGCAAACCCGAGAAGGAGCGGAUUGAGGCUCAGAACCGGCCGUUUGAUGCCCGGACAGCCUGCUUCGUUCCUGACGCCAAGGAGCUGUACAUCAAAGCAGUCAUCCAGAGCAAAGAUGGUGGCCAAGUCACCGUGAAGACGGCAGCUGAUGAGAUGGUGACGGUCAAAGAAGAGGACUGCCACCCCAUGAAUCCCCCGAAGUACGACAAGAUGGAGGACAUGGCCAUGAUGACCCACCUCAACGAGCCGUCUGUGCUGUUCAACCUCAAGGAUCGUUACGCGGCCUGGAUGAUUUACACCUACUCCGGCCUCUUCUGUGCCACGGUGAACCCCUACAAGUGGCUGCCGGUCUACGACCCGCAGGUGGUGGCGGCCUACAGGGGCAAGAAGCGCAUGGAGGCCCCGCCGCAUAUUUUCUCCGUCUCUGAUAACGCAUAUCAAAAUAUGCUCACAGAUCGUGAGAACCAGUCUGUCCUGAUCACUGGAGAAUCCGGCGCAGGGAAGACCGUCAACACCAAGCGUGUCAUCCAGUACUUUGCGACAAUCGCAGUUGCUGGUGGCGAUAAGAAGGAGCACUCGCCCGGCAAAAUGCAGGGGACUCUGGAAGAUCAAAUCAUCUCAGCGAACCCUCUGCUGGAGGCGUUUGGGAACGCCAAGACUGUGAGGAACGACAACUCCUCGAGAUUUGGUAAAUUCAUCAGAAUUCACUUCGGAACCACAGGAAAACUGGCUUCCGCCGACAUUGAAACCUAUCUGCUGGAGAAGUCGAGAGUGACGUUCCAGCUGUCAGAGGAGAGGAGCUACCACAUCUUCUAUCAGAUAAUGACGGGACACAAAUCAGAGCUGAUAGAAAUGCUUCUGAUAACAACAAACCCGUACGACUUCCCCAUGAUCAGUCAGGGGCAGAUCUCGGUGGCCAGCAUCGACGACAAAGAGGAGCUGUUGGCCACAGACAUGGCCACCGAUAUCUUGGGCUUCACCAACGAAGAGAAGAUGUCCAUCUACAAGCUGACCGGCGCUGUGAUGCAUUAUGGGAACAUGAAGUUCAAGCAGAAGCAGCGCGAGGAGCAGGCGGAGCCCGACGGCACCGAGGUGGCAGACAAAGUGGCCUUCCUCAUGUGUCUGAACUCUGCCGACCUGCUGAAAGGCCUCUGCUACCCCAGAGUCAAAGUGGGGAACGAGUACGUCACCAAAGGCCAGACGGUCCCUCAGGUCACGAAUGCCGUCAGCGCUCUGGCCAAGUCCGUGUACGAGAAGAUGUUCUUGUGGAUGGUGAUAAGAAUCAACGAGAUGCUGGACACCAAGCAGCCGCGGCAGUUCUUCAUCGGGGUGCUGGACAUCGCCGGGUUCGAGAUAUUCGACUACAACAGCAUGGAGCAGCUCUGCAUCAACUUCACCAACGAGAAGCUGCAGCAGUUUUUCAACCACCACAUGUUCGUGCUGGAGCAGGAGGAGUACAAGAAGGAGGGCAUCGACUGGGAGUUCAUCGACUUCGGCAUGGAUUUGGCCGCCUGCAUCGAGCUCAUAGAGAAGCCGAUGGGCAUCUUCUCCAUCCUUGAAGAGGAGUGUAUGUUCCCCAAGGCCUCGGACACUUCCUUCAAGAACAAACUGUACGACCAGCAUCUUGGGAAAAACAACGCUUUCCAGAAGCCGAAGGUGGUCAAAGGCAAACCGGAGGCUCACUUCUCGCUGGUGCACUACGCCGGCACUGUGGACUACAACCUGACCGGCUGGCUGGAGAAGAACAAAGACCCUCUGAACGAGUCGGUGGUGCAGCUUUACCAGAAGUCGUCCAUGAAGCUGUUGUCCUUCUUGUACGCUUCAUUCUCUGGAGCUGAAGCAGAAUCGGGUGGAGAUGCUGGAGGUGGAAAAGGUGGAAAGAAAGGAGCGAAGAAGAAGGGCGGCUCGUUUCAGACGGUGUCGGCAGUUUUCAGGGAAAAUCUCGGUAAACUGAUGACCAACCUGAGGAGCACCCAUCCUCACUUUGUGCGCUGUCUGAUUCCAAAUGAGGUCAAAACACCAGGGAUCAUGGACAACCACCUGGUCAUCCACCAGCUGCGCUGCAACGGCGUGCUGGAGGGCAUCAGGAUCUGCAGGAAGGGAUUCCCCAGCAGGAUCCUGUAUGCUGACUUCAAGCAGAGAUACAGAAUCCUGAACGCCAGCGCCAUCCCCGAGGGACAGUUCAUCGAUGGAAAGAAAGCUUCUGAGAAGCUUCUUGGCUCGAUUGACCUCGACCACACACAGUACAAGUUUGGCUCGACGAAGGUCUUCUUCAAAGCCGGCCUGCUCGGCACUCUGGAGGAGCUGCGAGAUGAAAAGCUGGCCUCUCUGGUGACUCAGACUCAAGCGCUGUGUCGUGGUUACCUCAUGAGGAAGGAGUUCUCCAACUUAAUCGCACAAAAAGACUGCGUCUGGAUUCUGCAGUACAACUUGCGCUCGUUCAUGAACGUGAAACACUGGCCGUGGAUGAAGCUGUUCUUCAAAAUAAAGCCACUUCUGAAGAGCGCAGAGACGGAGAAGGAGAUGGCGACCAUGAAGGAGGACUUCAUCAAAUGUAAGGAGGAUCUGGCCAAGUCAGACUCCAAGAGGAAGGAGCUCGAAGAGAAGAUGGUUUCUCUUCUGCAGGAGAAGAAUAAUCUCCUCCUGCAAGUGCAAUCUGACUCAGAAAAUCUUUGCGACGCGGAGGAGAGAUGCGAAGGCUUGAUCAAGAGCAAAAUCCAGCUGGAGGCCAAACUCAAAGAGGUGACCGAGAGGCUGGAGGACGAGGAGGAGGUGACCGCCGAGCUGACCGCCAAGAAGAGGAAGCUGGAGGACGAGUGCUCCGAGCUGAAGAAGGACAUCGACGACCUGGAGAUGACCCUCGCCAAGGUGGAGAAGGAGAAGCACGCCACGGAAAACAAGGUUAAGAACCUGAUGGAGGAGCUGGCCGGUCAGGAUGAAAACAUCGGCAAACUGACCAAAGAGAAGCGAGCUCUUCAGGAGGCUCAUCAGCAGGGACUGGACGAUCUCCAGGCUGAGGAGGACAAAGUCAACGCUCUGACCAAAGCCAAGUCCAAGCUGGAACAGCAAGUGGACGACCUCGAGGGUUCGCUGGAGCAAGAAAAGAAGAUCCGCAUGGACCUGGAGCGAGCCAAGAGGAAGCUGGAGGGGGAUCUGAAACUCACCCAGGAGUCCCUGAUGGACCUGGAGAACGACAAACAGCAAUCUGAGGAGAGGAUUAAGAAGAAAGAGUUUGAAAACAACCAGCUGUCCAGCAAAAUUGCAGACGAGCAAAUGAUUAACAACCAGCUUCAGAAGAAGAUGAAGGAGCUUCACGCUCGUAUCGAAGAACUGGAGGAGGAAGUCGAGGCCGAGCGAGCCGUCCGAGCGAAGAUCGAGAAGCAGCGGUCGGACCUCUCCAGGGAGAUCGAGGAGAUCAGCGAGCGGCUGGAGGAGGCCGGAGGAGCCACGGCCGCCCAGAUCGAGAUGAACAAGAAGCGCGAGGCCGAGUUCCUCAAGCUGCGGCGCGACCUGGAGGAAUCCACGCUGCACCACGAGGCCACGGCCGCCGCCCUGCGCAAGAAGCAGGCGGACAGCAUGGCGGAGCUGGGAGAGCAGAUCGACAACCUGCAGAGGAUCAAACAGAAGCUGGAGAAGGAGAAGAGCGAGCUGAAGAUGGAGAUCGACGACUUGGCCGUCAACAUGGAGACGGUGGCAAAAGCCAAGGUGAACCUGGAGAAGACGUGCCGCUCGCUCGAAGAUCAGCUGCUAGAGAUGAAGACGAAGAGCGAUGAAAACACGCGACAAAUCACCGACCUCAACAAUCAGAGGGCUCGUUUUCAAACGGAGAACGCUGAAUUUUCCCGACAAAUGGAAGAGAGAGAAAGUCUCAUUUCCCAGCUGACGAGAGGAAAACACGGCUUCACAACACAAAUCGACGAGUUGAAACGCCUCAUCGAGGAGGAAACAAAGGCUAAGAACGCCCUGGCUCACAGUUUGCAGUCGGCCCGUCACGACUGCGAUCUGAUCCGGGAGCAGUUUGAGGAGGAGCAGGAGGCCAAAGCCGAGCUGCAGCGCGGUUUGUCCAAAGCCAACACGGAGGUGGCUCUGUGGAGGAACAAAUACGAGACGGAUGCCAUCCAACGCACCGAGGAGCUGGAGGAGGCCAAGAAAAAGCUCGCUCAGCGUCUCCAAGAGGCCGAGGAACAAAUCGAGGCUGUGAACUCGAAGUGUGCCUCGCUGGAGAAAACCAAACAGCGACUCCAGAACGAGAUGGAGGACCUCAUGGUGGACGUGGAGCGCUCCAACAGCUUGGCUGCCACCCUCGACAAGAAGCAGAGGAACUUCGACAAGAUUCUGGCCGAGUGGAAGCAGAAGUACGAGGAGUCUCAGGCGGAGCUUGAAAGCGCUCAGAAGGAAUCUCGAUCUCUGAGCACGGAGCUUUUCAAACUGAAGAACUCGUACGAAGAAGCCCUGGAUCACCUGGAGACGAUGAAGAGGGAGAAUAAAAACCUGCAGCAGGAGAUCUCAGACCUGACGGAACAACUCGGGGAGAGCGGGAAGACGAUUCACGAGCUGGAGAAGUUCAAGAAGCACGUGGAGACGGAAAAAUGUGACAUGCAGACGUCGCUGGAAGAAGCCGAGGCCUCCCUGGAGCAGGAGGAGUCCAAGAUCCUGCGCGUGCAGAUGGAGCUGAACCAGAUUAAAGCCGAAGUGGACAGAAAAGUGGCGGAGAAGGACGAAGAGAUCGACCAGCUGAAGAGGAACAGCCAGAGGGUGCUGGAGUCCAUGCAGGCCACGCUGGACGCCGAGGUCCGCAGCAGGAACGACGCCCUGAGAGUGAAGAAGAAGAUGGACGGGGACCUGAACGAGAUGGAGAUCCAGCUGAGCCACGCCAACCGGCAGGCGGCCGAGGCUCAGAAGCAGCUGAGGAACAUCCAGGGACAACUCAAGGACGCCCAGGUCCACCUGGACGAGUCUGUGCGAGGUCAGGACGACAUGAAGGAGCAGGUGACCAUGAUGGAGCGCAGGACGACCCUGAUGCAGGCGGAGAUCGAGGAGCUCCGAGCGGUCGUGGAUCAGACGGAGCGGAGCCGCAAACUGGCCGAGCAGGAGCUGGUCGACGUCAGCGAGCGGGCCGGACUGCUACACUCUCAGAACACCAGUCUGCUGAACACGAAGAAGAAGCUGGAGACGGACGUGACUCAGCUGCACACCGAGAUCGAGGAAGCUGUUCAAGAGGCCAGGAACGCUGAGGAGAAGGCCAAGAAAGCCAUCACUGAUGCGGCCAUGAUGGCGGAGGAGCUGAGGAAGGAGCAGGACACCAGCGCUCACCUGGAGAGGAUGAAGAAGAACCUGGAGGUGACGGUGAAGGACCUGCAGCACCGACUGGACGAGGCUGAAAACCUCGCCAUGAAGGGCGGCAAGAAGCAGCUUCAGAAGCUGGAGGCCAGGGUCCGUGAGCUGGAAAACGAGCUGGACGCUGAGCAGAAACGCUCCACAGAGGCCGUGAAAGGAGUCCGGAAAUACGAGAGGAAAGUCAAAGAGCUCACCUAUCAGACUGAGGAGGACAAGAAAAACAACGUGCGGCUGCAGGAUUUGGUCGACAAGCUGCAGAACAAGAUGAAAGCGUACAAGCGACAGGCCGAAGAAGCCGAGGAGCAGUGCAACGUGCACAUGGCCCGUUUCAGGAAGGCUCAGCACGACCUGGAGGAGGCCGAGGAGAGAGCUGACGUGGCCGAAUCUCUGGCCAACAAGAUGCGAGCGAAGAGCCGAGAGAUAGGGACGAAGGGACAAGAAGGACAGGGAGAGUAGCUGAGCGUCGGAGGAAACCUGCAUGAGAGUGAAAGAGUUUAUAAUCUAUAAAACAAUAUUUAUAUCGUGUCAUGAGAACUUUUAUCACUAAAUAUGAUCAAGAGAUUCAUCAAGAAAGUACGGAAGCCCUGAAGGAAAGUGAGGAAGUAAAAUAAAAACAUUCUGAUGAUCAAUUUUCUGAAUCUGAUCUAAAUUGUUUCAUCAUACACAGAAAAAUCCUGACAAAGAAAAAACAAUAUUUUCACCUGACAGAACUUUUUUUUCUUAUAACUUAAAGUUUGACCCUGUUUUACAGAUAUAAAAGUGUGAUUGGCCUCUUUGGGCUUCCGUACAUUACUGACCAUUAUCAUUUAUACAUAUUUAAUCACAUAAUAAAUCCAGUAAUGAUGAAUAUUACAUUUAAAAUCACCACAUUUAGUUUAUUUUGCUCAUUUCAGGUUAUUAUUCUGAAUAAUUAUCAAAGCCACAUUAAACACAUUCAUGUCUCCAACUAAUGAAAUGAGAUUAAUGCUAAAAUAAUAAUAAUAAUAAUAAUAAUAUGGAUUUAAUUGUAAUUAAUUGUUUUCUGCUUCUUCUUCUUGUGUACACAGGCUGGUUCAUACACCCAGUAAACUACCUGAAGCACCUUAUUAAAUAUUAAAACACAAUAAAAGUGAAGUGAUGCUGAAUCUUCUUCAGGCUCGAUGAUGACGAGACUGUUGGUUCAUUAAUCAGCUCACACGAUCCGUAAUAUUAGAUAUUAAUCAACAAUAUUCCAGCAGAAGACGACGACUGUAAACACGGGACAGAAAGUUUAAGGAACAUUUUCAUCUUGUUAUAUUUAUUCUUCAUAUCACCAGAAGAGCGUUUUGUUGUUCUGAUCGAUCAUAUUUGUCUAUUUUCCAAAUCCAGGUCACCAAAUUUCACAUUUCAUGUUCUUGUUUUUGUUGUUUGCUGUUGUUUUUAGUUGAAAAACAAUAAUAAAUGUUCG